AUGAAGUUAUCAGUUGUUUUGCAGAAGCAGCAACGGGAAAAGGGAACUAGGAGGCUGGAAGAUGACAAUGGUCCAUCAUCUUCCCAGUUAGAGCCUCAUGUCAACGAAAUGGCUGCUCACUGUCAUAUUCAAGAGGACAAAAACAGUAGUCAAAUCGCAGAUAGUGCCGUUCCAUCUGAUAGUGUAGAGUUGACUUCACAGGAUGAGAACUCCCUUUCUAUAUUCAAUGGAAAAGUGGAAGAGCUACCCAUGAAACCAUUCUGCGAGGAGGUAAAAGGCGAUUGUCAGGCAGGAUCCUUGUCCCUAACCGAGCUACCACUUGAUGAGAAUCAGCAUUUGGUAUGCACUGCCAAAUCCUGCUUUUCUGAGAAGGUGAACUGA